CUCGCAUGCCGGCCCAGAGCAGCUUAGCACUAGGGUUUCCCCCCACCUCUUAGGCCCGCCGCCGCCGCCCCGGUGCUUCAUCGGCUCGCCGUGUUCGUACGAAGGCGACCCUCCCCCUCCUUCCCCGUCGCACUCCCUACCGCCGCCGACGCCGACGCCAUGGUGAAGUACUCGCAGGAGCCGGGCAACCCUACCAAGUCGGCCAAGGCCAUGGGCAGGGAUCUCAGGGUCCAUUUCAAGAACACAAGGGAGACAGCUUUUGCACUUCGCAAGCUGCCUUUGACCAAGGCUAAGCGGUACCUUGAGGAUGUUAUGGCACACAAGCAGGCGAUUCCCUUCCGGAGAUACUGUGGGGGUGUUGGUCGUACCGCACAAGCAAAGUCUCGCCACUCAAAUGGACAGGGACGCUGGCCUGUUAAAUCAGCCAGGUUCAUAUUGGAUUUGCUCAAGAAUGCUGAGAGUAAUGCUGAUGUGAAAGGUUUGGAUGUGGACAACCUCUAUGUUUCACACAUCCAGGUGAACCAAGCCCAGAAGCAGAGGCGCCGCACCUACCGUGCUCAUGGACGCAUCAAUCCUUACAUGUCCUCACCUUGCCACAUUGAGCUGAUCCUUUCAGAGAAGGAAGAGCCUGUGAAGAAAGAGCCUGACAACAUCGUCGCAUCAAGGAAACAGUGAAGUAUGUAGGCUUGCUGAGCGAGGCUAUUCUGUGGAAGAAAUUGUAGCUGUAGCACUUUUAUGUACGUUUUCCAGCAGCCUUUCCUAAGAUAUUUCUACUGCCAAUAUUUUGAAUCUUGUUUGUUGCCUAGUCUGAUUCUGUAUUGAGUGAUUGCGGUGUGCCGCAUCGACUUCCCGAAUCACAUGAUGUCAAUGUCCUGAAACAAAACAUCAGAAUCGGGCAAAGUGACCGGUGAUCUGCACUGGUGGUUGUUCCCUAAAACUUGUAUGAUCACCACGUGACGUGAAAAGUUGAAGCCGAGUUCGUAGUUAA